CUAUGGAUACCACGAUUUCCGGCGGGGUUUUCCAGACUCUUCCCGAGAUUUUGUCGAUCCUUCCAAGUGCGGACUGUAAAAACCGGCGACCGAAAAAGCACGCCCCCCCCCCCCCCCGCCCCUCUCACGUGUCAGGCCAGCGCUACCCUCUGCCGCCCAGCCGCUCCUUCCGGCCCGUGGCUCGCUUCGGCUCCGCUCGGCUCUCCUCUGCCGCGCUCGCUUCGCCUUCGGCUGUUUCCGGAGCCGCAAGCCGCUGGCUGCGGAGCCGCUCCCGGCGCGGGCUGCAGAUGUCGGACCGGCAGGCAGCUGAGGGGCCGGCCUUCUGGAGCCCCGCAGCUCGCCGAGGGUCGGCGGGCGGCGUCGGGGACCGACGGGGAGUGGAGGAGAGCCAGGCGGCCGCCUCAGAGAAGGAAGAUCUGGAAAGCACCAACGUCAGCUCUCCACUGGCUUCUGCUUCUGAUCCAGCAGCCGAGUCCUCACCAUACAGGCCACAGAUGGUAUCUCCAGCGAGUAAGGAUACCACGGAAGAUCUACAGAACGUGGCUGGUGCCUCAGAGGGUCAGGCUCCGGGGGAGCAGGCGGCGCUGCCAGCAGGCCAGACCCAGGUUCUCAGUGAGAUGGCCAAGUACCAAGCUCCACAGCGACCUGAGGACACAGUUAUGAUCCAGUCUGAGCACACUGGGGCUAUAGAUGUUCUUUCAGCGGACUUGGAAUCUGCAGAUCUUCUGGGGGACCACAGGAAAGUCUCUCCGCCUCUGAUGGCUCCUCCGUGCGUCUGGACCUUUGCCAAAGUGAAGGAGUUCAAAAGCAAGCUGGGCAAGGAGAAGAACAGCCGUCUGGUAGUGAAGCGGGGAGAAGUGGUCACCAUCCGGGUCCCUACCCACCCCGAGGGAAAGCGCGUGUGCUGGGAAUUUGCAACUGAUGACUAUGAUAUUGGUUUUGGAGUUUAUUUUGACUGGACCCCAGUAACCAGCACUGAUAUAACCGUGCAGGUCAGUGACUCCAGUGAGGAUGAGGAGGAGGAAGAGGAUGAAGAGGAGGAGAUUGAAGGCUGGGCCAUGGCAGUUAGUUACAGCUUGGUGAUACUGGACUGAAGAAACUGGGGGAAAACCCGACCCUGCUGUGAGUGUUUUUUUUUUUUUUUUUUAGGUUUAUUUUUAUGGGGAGCUAGAGAGAUGGCUCGAUGGUUAAGAGUGCUGGCUGCCCUUCCAGGAGUGGAGCUUGGUUCCCAGCACCCACAUCGGGCAGGCAGCUCACAACUGCCUGUAAUCCCAGCUCCAAGAGAUUCAAUGCCUGGUCUCCAUGGGCGCUGGCACUCACCUUCACAUAGUUACAUGCAGACACAAUAAUACACAUAAUUAAAAUAACAAAGCCAGAGCUUUGAAAAUAGUUUCAUCACUAGAAAAAAAUUAAUUGUAGAUGGUUGUGAGUUGCCUUGUGGGUGCUGGGAAUUGAAUCCAGGUCCUCUGGAAGGGCAGACAGUGCUUUUAACGGCUGAGCCAUCUCUUUAGCCCCCCAAUAAAUGUAUGAUUUAUUUAUCUGGAUGUUUUAAACCAGGAUAUUUCACACACAAACCUUGUCUUUUUCCCCUUUAAAACUUCAGGAGUCUGUGGCAUUAGCCUCUUAAAUCGUAACAACUUAUUGGAACAGAUCAAUGGCCCCUUUUAGGAUGAGCAUGCCCCCUGAUUUGCCAUGAAUUUUGUUACAUUUGGGCCCCUAGAAUGUGUGAUCUAAGAUUAAAGGGAAUGGAAGUUAAUUUCUCUGGUGUUUUCUGGGUAGCCAUUUCAUAGCAGGACUCAGGAACAGACAAUAAGCACCCAUGCACCUUCCUGCAGACAAUAUCCACAAAGAUGCGACAGAAAUCAACACUCAGAUCACCUACAACUCCUCGGACCACAGUCAUUUCACCUAAGUUCCCCUCCUUCUGCUGUCUCCUCAGACCAAGAUACUAUGUGAAGCAGUUUCCCUGUCCCAAGGGCCACCAACACAGAAGCCCACAAGAGCAAGGCAACAAGUAGGCCCAGGUUCUCUCAGGGCGGCCCCCAAGCCCAGGGCCUGUGCCUCCUCAGCACCUUCUGUGGGGAAAGGGAAGAUGGGCAUGGCUAGAGCACAGGCGAUGCAGCCAGUGUCCUCGGAGGACGUGGGAGACCACAGUGCAUUCUAUCUGGAGAGGUAUCUCCUUCUUUAUCUGGGAAGGCCAGGGGAGCACUGGGCCCAACAGAGCUUAGAGACACUGACCACGAGGGAGUGGCAAAAAUGAGAACUGCUGGAGAGGAUGCCUUAUGUAGUAUGUGUCACAAACCUGGCUGUACUAAGGGUGCCUAGAGUCAUGCUAACUACUCCUACCCACCCCAUCGUAGGAAGCCAACUCUAAGAUGGCACUGGUUUCCGGUGUGCCUUUGUGGUAAACAACACCACUGCAUAGGCGCUAGCUAGCCCGAAUCUGGCGCCGACCCCUCCGGAGCAGGUGCAUGCAAAUUAGAUGCCGGCAGACUGACCAAUCCCGGGGGGCCACGGAGCCUUCUCCUGUGCUAGGGUGUAUAUAAGCAGUCCUCCCUGGGUACCCGGGAUCCCUGUAGCAGCAUCGAGGCGUUCCUGCAAUAAAGGCUGUUGAGAAAAAUCCGACCGUGUUGUGUCUUCCUUGUCAGCCGAGGUGGGCACAACAAAUUGGUGGCCCCUAUGGGGACCCGAGGAUCUCGUGGAUUCAGAACUCUUCAGCUGGGGAAUGGCGGUACAGGUAAGUCUCCCAAAUUGAUUCCCGGUUAAAAGGGGGGAUAUGUUUUUCUCGCUCGUAGACCCAGUGUGGGUAGCUCUUAUCGUUGUUGUUUUGUUUUUUGUAAUUUCUGUCCUCUGCUUUUGUUUAAUAGAAGCAGUUAAGGCAGGUCAGAAAAUUCUUACGGAACAACAAGAAAGCAUGUCAGAGGAAGAUAAGGAAUGUAUGAGCAAAGGAAGGAAAAGGGGCGAAAAGGAAAAGAGAAGGGAGAAAAGAUAAAUACAAAAGGAAAAGGAAACAGUGAUAAAGAAAAGGAAAUAGCAAAAAUAUAUCCCUCUUUAAAAGACUUAUCGCUAAGUCUAUCAAGUUCUGAUUCCAGUGGCUCGGAGCUUAGUGAGGAUGAUGAAGCUGACCUAGAAGAAGAGGCAGCUCUGUAUGAGAGGGAUAGGUAUGAUCCGGAUUGGCCAUAUAGAGCCAACCCAUUGAAAAAGGGAGUAUCGGCGAAAUAAAGAAUAAAACUGAAAGUGCUGGGAGCCCGCCAGGGCUGCUAAACCAGGUACCUCUCUCUGUCUGGAGGUUUGGAAAGAAGUUGGUCUAAGUUUCCCUGGUUUUGCUGAUGGCCAAGGGCAAUGGUAUCAUGAGCCAGUGGAUUUCAAAACUAUUAAGCAACUGGCAGAAUCAGUCUGUACUUAUGGGGUGGGUGCAGCUUUUGUGGUUGCACAAAUUGAGGUGCUUGCCAGAUAUUGCCUCACCCCUGGGUACUGGAAUAAUGUGGCUCGGGCUUGCUUGUCGUCCAGGCAAUAUUUAGAUCGGAAGUCCUUGACUUAUGAAUAUGCAAAUAGUCAGGCAGCAGCCAAUUUAGCCAUAGGACAAGAUCCUCAGAGACAUUGGGAUGCAGACAUGCUUCUGGGUUUAGGACGUUUUGCUUUAGAUCAAACAAAUUAUCCUGAAACAGUCUAUGCCCAAAUAAUUGAAGUAGCCACCAAAGCCUGGAAAGCGUUGCCGAACAAAGGCGCAGUCUCAGGCAAUCUUAUGAAAAUUUUGCAGGGCCCCACAGAACCAUUCUCAGACUUUGUAGCACGCCUUGUUGAGGCAGCUACUAGAAUCUUUGGAGACCCUGAUACAGCUAUGCCUUUAGUCAAACAGCUAGUAUAUGAGCAAUGCACUAAGGAAUGCAAAGCAGCCAUUACACCCUAUAACCAUAAAGGUUUAGAAGUAUGGAUGAAGGUUUGCAGAGAACUAGGGGGCCCAUUAACCAAUGCAGGCCUGGCGGCAGCUGUAAUACAAUUGGAUAGAUCUAAUAAUGAUACUUGUUAUAAGUGUGGCCAAAGAGGACAUUUUAGAAGAAACUGCCCUGAAAAUGAAAAACAGGCCGUAUUAGAUAAACCUAGACAGCCAGGCUUAUGCCAUAAAUGUAGGAAGGGGAAACAUUGGGCUAAUGAAUGCAGAUCUACAAAGGAUAUAGAAGGCCGACCAUUACAAGCAGGAUAUUGUAGUCUCUCCUCUCCCAGCCUGAAACCUGCUUGCUCGGGGUGGAGCUUCCUGCUCAUUCGUUCUGCCACGCCCACUGAGAUAUGGUGGCACCAGGCCAAAAAACGGACAGUGGGGCCCACGUCCCCAGGGCCCUCAAAUAUAUGGGGCUCUUCAGAAAGACCAGAAGAAACUUUGGCCGUCUCUCUGUCAUCCGAGAGACCACGGAGAGCCACUACUGGCUCUGCAGGAUUGGACCUCCACUCCACCACCAGACUCGUAUUAACCCCACAGAUGGCGGUACAGCCCAUAGAUACAGAUUUUAUUUUUUUUCCUUUUCCAUUUUUUAUUAGGUAGAUACAGAUUUUAAAGGCCCCCUUCCCAAAGAUACUGUAGGACUAUUGCUUGGCCGCUCAUCUUCUGCUUUAAAAGGAUUACAGAUAACCCCUGGAGUGAUUGAUCCUGACUAUACUGGAGUUGUAAAGGUUUUGGUAGCCUCCCCUGCUGGCAUCUCAGCUAUCUCCACGGGAGAUAGAAUUGCUCAAUUGUUGCUAUUACCCAGUUUACAUAAAUAUUUCCCAGCAAAUAAUAAAAUAAGAGAGAACAGACUAGGUUCUACAGGUUCUUGAUUUGCUUUCUUAUCUAUGGAAUUAGGAGACCACCCCAUGCUAACUUUUUAAUCCUUUUUAGGAUUAUUAGACACUGGUGCAGAUUGCAGUAUUAUCUCCACUCAUGAUUGGCUGUCAAAGUGGCCCUUGCAGACAUCAUCUCAAAGCCUGCGUGAUCUGGGUUACGAGACUGCUCCUCUUGUCAGUACUAAGGAAUUAACCUGGAGAAAUGACGAAGGUAAGUCAGGAAAAUUUAUCCCUUAUAUUGUGGAUAUUCCUGUGACUCUGUGGGGCAGGGAUGUCCUGACCAAGAUGGAUCUUAGAUUAAUGAAUAUUCCCCACAAGCUAAGGAGAUAAUGUCUAACAUGGGCUAUACUCCAGGUAAAGGAUUAGGAAAGUCAUUACAAGGCAGUACUAUGCCAGUACCAACCAAGUUUAAACUAGAUAAAAAAGGACUGGGUUUUUCCUAGGGGCCGUUGAGGGCUGUAUACCCAUUACUUGGAAAACAGAAGAACCUGUAUGGGUUCCUCAAUGGCCUCUUUCCUCUGAAAAAUUGGCAGCAGCCAGGGAAUUAGUAAGGGAACAAUUGGAAUUAGGACAUAUUAAAUCCUCCCAGUCACCAUGGAAUACACCUAUAUUUGUAAUCAAGAAAAAAUCAGGUAAAUGGAGGCUUUUACAUGAUCUUAGAGCUAUUAAUAAUCAAAUGCAAAUUAUGGGCCCAACACAAAGAGGCCUGCCCCUGCUCUCUAGCCUGCCUGCUGAUUGGCCUAUAAUAAUAAUUGAUAUUAAGGAUUGUUUUUUCUAUUCCACUUGCAUUGUGUGAUAGCAAGCGCUUUGCUUUUACUCUCCCUUCUGUAAAUAAUGAAGGGCCUGAUAAACGGUAUCAAUGGGUCGUUUUACCUCAAGACAUGGCCAAUAGUCCUACUUGUGUCAACUUUUUGUAGGAGAAGCAUUACAACCUGUCCGUGACGCAUUUCCAAAAUUGAGGAUAGUGCAUUAUAUGGAUGAUAUCCUCCUUGCUUCUAAUAAUAAAGUUUAGAUAAAGCUUAUAUAGAAUUAGUAAAAGAAUUAGAAAAGAAACAAUUGUUUGUAGCACCUGACAAAGUUCAGAUGGGAAAUUUAGGAGAGUUUUUGGGUACCCGAGUUACUUCACAUUAUGUAGUACCUCAAAAGAUAGAAUUGUACAAAGAUCAUUUAAAAACAUUAAAUGAUUUCCAGAAAUUGCUAGGUGAUAUAAAUUGGAUUCGCCCAUAUAUGAGGCUACCCAAUUCUGAAUUAACUCCACUCUUUGAUAUGCUGAAAGGUGACCCUCAAUUGUCCUCCCGCCCCCCUGUGCCCUCACUCCUGAGGCCCGAGUUGCCUUAGGAAAGGUAGAGAGGUGCAUAGAAAAAGCUAAAUUAUGUAGAUGGAAAGAAGGAGAGAACAUACAUUUGUGUGUCCUGAAGACGUUUCGCCAACCGACCGGAGUAUUGUGGCAAUCAGGUCCACUAUUGUGGAUUUAUCCUCAGGUGUCUCCUAAUAAAACUCUUAAAUAUUAUCUCACCACUGUAGCCCAUUUAGCAAUCUUGGGCAUUAAGUCAUGCAUUCAACAUUUUGGAGACCCCCCUCAAAAAAUUAUUACACCAUAUAAUGCUAACCAAAUACAGACCCUGAGCUCUUUAGUUGAUGAAUGGGCUCUGUUGCGUUGUAGUUAUGAUGGGGAAUUAGAUAAUCAUUAUCCUAAAGAUUCUUUAUUACAAUUUUUUACUGAACAUCCAGUGAUUUUUUCCAAAGGUUAUGACAUCUAAACCCAUACCAGGUGCACUGGAUAUUUAUACAGAUGGUUCUAAAGCAGGUGUUGGCACUUAUGUGGUUAAUUCUCAAAACCCUGUUUUAUUUCAAUAUGAUCCUGGUAACCCGCAACUAGUUGAAUGUAAAAUCGUAUUAGAAGUAUUUAAGAGGUUUGAAAUUUCCUUUAAUUUAGUGUCUGAUUCAGCAUAUGUAGUGAAUGCAGUAAAAGCAUUGGAAGUUGCAGGACCCAUCAAAUCUACCAGCCCUGUAUGUGCUAUUUUGUCAGAAUUACAAAACUUGAUUUGGAAUAGGAAAAGUAAAUUUUUUAUUCAGCAUAUUCGGGCUCAUUCUACUCUGCCAGGCCCUAUGACUGAAAGGAAUGCCCUGGUAGAUGCAAGUACUCGUAUGGAAUUCAUUUUUCAUGUUACUCCAUUAGAGCUUGCAAAAGGUUUUCAUCAAUUGUAUCAUGUCCCCGCUGCCACAUUGCAGUAAAAAUUUAAUAUUUCCCGGGCCUCAGUAAGAACUGUUGUAUUGCAAUGCCCUCAAUGCGUGCAGUUUCAUCACCCUCCCCAUGUUGGGAUUAACCCUCGUGGAUUGAUCCCUCUAAAAGUAUGGCAAAUAGAUGUUACACAUGUUCCAGCUUUUGGAAAACUAAAAUAUGUCCAUGUUUCUAUUGACACCUGUUCAGGUAUCAUGUAUGCCUCCCCUAUGUCUGGUGAAAAAACCCACAAUGUUAUUAGCCAUUGCUUAGACUCAUGGGCAGCUUGGGAAAACCCAGCUAAUUUAAAAACUGAUAAUGGACCUGCAUAUACAUCAACAUCCUUCCAAGUCUUCUGCGAAACUAUGCAAGUUAGUCAUACCACCAGCCUUCCCUAUAGCCCACAAGGCCAAGGUAUUGUGGAAAGGGCACAUCGCACCUUGAAAGAACUGUUACAAAAACAAAAAGAGGGAAUUGCCUACGGACGAGCACCCAAAGAACAAUUAUCUUUAGCUUUAUUUACCUUAAAUUUUUAAAUUUUGGAUGAUCAUGGUCGCUCGGCUGCAGACAGGCAUGCCAUGACCUCGCCUGUAAUUCAACAUGAUGUAAAAUGGGAAGAUGUCUUAACUGGUAAAUGGUAUGGCCCAGAUCCCGUUAUUUCGAGAUCUAGGGGAGCUGUUUGUGUUUUUCCACAGGAUAAAGAACAUCCAAUUUGGGUACCAGAAAGGCUGACAUGAAAAUUGCUUAUCUUAAAGGAAAUUGGUCAGCCAAAGCAGAGCAGAAAGUUGCUCCUCCAGAUUGCCAAACUCAACAGCACUCGACCCGACCCUGUCACCCUGGGAGACUUCACCUCCUGGAUCACCAAUGCCUUCUCCUUUUUAAAGGAGUGGGCAGGAAUGUUGGCCUGGGGGACAGUGGUCCUCCUGGGGUGUGUCUUCUGCAUCUGGCUAUUGUGUCAACUAAAAAGAGAGUAUGCUCAACAUAAAGCAGUGGUCUACCAAGCUUUGUUGGCAAUUGAAGAUGGUGCAUCUCCCAAUAUUUGGCUGGCCUCUUUAAAAAAUUAAGAGUCCGCCCUAGGUCAUUUGGCAGUUGUAGUCACACAGAUCCAUGGUAUCCAGAGACGGGCAACUUUCCUCAUGCACAGACCAACCUAAGAGAAGGGGCCUGGAGGCCAUCAUAGGAUAACCCUAUGAUGGGUAAGGCUGUGAUACUAGAGGAUCGACCUAAGACAGGAGCCCUGGCCAUGGACAGAUUUGCCCAGGCCUAGACCAGCCUCAUUUCAUUAAAGAAAAAAGAGGGAGAUGUAGGAAGCCAACUCUAAGAUGGCGCAGGCUUUCUGUGUGCCUUUGUGGUAAACAACACCAUUGCGCAGGUGCUAGCCUGACCCCUCCUGAGCAGGUACAUGCAAAUUAGAUGCAGGCAGACUGACCAAUCCUGGGGGGCCAUGGAGCCUUCUCCUGUGCUAGGGUGUAUAUAAGCAGCCCUCCCUGGGUGCCCUGUCCCGGUAGCAGCAUCGAGGUGUUCCUGCAAUAAAGGCUGUUGAGAAGAAUCUGACCAUGUCGUGUCUUCCUUGCUGGCUGAGGUGGGCGCGACACCCCAUGGCCCUUCAGCAGGAAACAGAAUUUUUUUUUUUUUGGCUUUUUCGAGACAGGGUUUCUCUGUAUAGCCCCGGCUGUCCUGGAACUCACUUUGUAGAUCAGGCUGGCCUCGAACUCAGAAAUCCGCUUGCCUCUACCUCCCGAGUGCUGGGAUUAAAGGCAUGCAUCACCAUCACCCAGCUGGAAUCUUACCCUACAUCUAUUAUUAUUUUUUUUUCUUAUAUAUCAUUUUAGUUUCUUUUCCUGCUGCUAUGAUAAAAUGCCCCAACAAAGGCAGUCUAAAGAAGAGUGGUUUAUUUUGGCUUAUAAUUCAAGAUGUAGUAAGUCACCUGGGGUGGGGGUGGGGUGGGGUUUGGGGGAAGAGCAGCCUGAAACAGCUGGUAAGUAACCUAUGCAUCCACAGCAUGAAACAGAACAAUGCUGUGUGUUGGUGCUUGGCUGACUUCCCCCUUAUUAUGGGCCCAGCCAGACCCAACCCAGGGAAUGGUGUCACUCUCCCACAUCAGUUAACCUGAUAAAGACAAUCCUAACCCUCUCUGCAGAGCAUCUGGAGGCUUGUCUCCUAUGUGCUUUUAGAUAAACAGGGAGAGAAAUCACAGCUAAGCACUAACAGCAAACCACCUGGCGAUUUUUGCACUUGAACAGCUACUUUUUAAUA